ACCGACCCAACCCAUCGCCUUCCUCCCCGACCCGAACCAAAAUUCCCCAAACCCUCCUCCCCUUCCUCUCCUCGCCGUCGGCGGCGCGCCCCCCGCCGCCAUGUCCGUCGACGACUGCAUAGUCCCUCUCCCUACCCCACUCAGCGAGGGCGCUUCACUCCUGAAAGCCGCUGCGCGAUGUGGCUCCCUCUCCUCCUUGUCCGAGCUCGAUCUGUACGCCACCGCCGCCGACGACUUGGGCGCGGCGUCGGCAUGGUGCGGGGACACCGGCAAGGGAGGAUGCACAGUGGGAGAGUUCUUAAACCGCCUCGCCGCCGACCUCCCAGGGACGCGUUCGGUGCCGAGUCGCUACCAUCUGGCGAUUUCGUCACGGGAUGGUGGUGGUCACCACCUCCGGCCGCUGAUACCGUCUCGGGAUGACUCUGGCCUCAACCUCCGGCUGCCGGCGCUCGCAAAGGAGAAUCCUCAUGGCCAGGGCAGUGCUGAAACCUUCUCUGCACUGUCGCUGCACGAAUCCAAAGAUGCUUUGACAGGGAAGCCAGAGCAGCGCCAAACUUCUGAGGUUGCAGCCUCGCGCACUGCUUCAAGGGGGAGAUAUGCAAGGAGUAAAGCAGGUUGGGCUUCCAAGGAAAGGAGUACUCCUGAAGGUUACAACAGGGAGAAACAUGCUUGGCAGUUUGAACCCCCUUUCCCGAAUGGAAUGGAUACGAGCAGUAUAAUAGAUGCAUAUAAAAAAGCAUUUGCAGCUCCUCAUGUUGUCCGUCCACCAAAGAAAAAGAAGUCCCCUGAGGAAAGGAAAGCAAUCCGAGAAAAGAAAAUCAUCCAGAGUGAAAGGGCCUCGCUGCAUCAUGUUGAGACAGCCUUGCGUAAAUAUAACAGAGCAAACACAACCACGUUUGUGCUGGAUGAGAUAACAGUGAAGUGCCUGUUUUUUGAGUUUGGCGGGCCUUGCUACCAUUACAACUUCACAGCUAAGCCCGAGAACCAUCAUUCUGCUGAUGGCAGUACUAAACUUUUCUUCUCUGAAAUUAAUUGCCCUCUUCGGAGUGAGAAAGAUGUAUUGCUGUGCUGUAUAGUUGGGGAGAAAGAUGCGGGUCAUUGCCAUGCCUGCGAGGAUUAUCGGCCUACGAUGGUUCACCCGUCAAGUCGUGCAUAUGGUGGGGGUAAUACUACUGCUAUCGAUUAUCCUGAUGAUGACAGCUCAGAUAGUGACUAUUAGCUUCUCGUGAGAGCUUCAAGAACGUUGGCUAGUUGGAUUGACUUGGUCAAUCUCUUGGUGACAAUGGUUUUGCAUCUUUUGGAUAUUUUUAGUGACUUGAAAUAUGGGUUGUAAUAAACAUCAGAAGUUCAGAACUAGUGUAAUGCACUCAUAAUGACAUCAGUUACCUCCUUUCACAUUUGCCCUUGUGAUGCUCAAUAUUCUGACUUGUGAUGUACGGAAAACUGAUGACCUUUUGGCAUCA